AUUUGCAAGCAACAAACUUAUAAAAAUGCCGGUGUAUAAAAAUGAGUUUUUAAAAUGUGGUACGGUCUCAGCUGACCUGACAGUGAGGGAGGAGACAGUUCCAUAGUGUUGGAGCUAAAAUGGCAAAAGCACGGUUCCCCCUUUUUGUUUUGAGUUUGGACCGUGGGAUCUUUAAUAGCAAUUGGUCAGAAGAUCUGAGUAAUCUUGGUGCAAGGUAUUGGGUUAUGAGUUCAGAAAUAUAAGAGGGUGCCAUGCCAUGGAGGGCUUUGAAUGUGAUCAGGAGGAAUUGUGAUCAGGAUUUACAUCCUGCUGUAACACAAACACAUACAGUACAGACAGAGAGAGAGAGAGAGCAGGACUUGGUCCAUGGAAACACAAAUAUGUUUACCUUAGGGGCAGGUGAGGUAGUGGAUUAUGUUGCCUCCAGCUCCUUACAAUAUGUCUUCUACACAUGUGAGCCACACUGACAAUUAACGCUACACCAUCUCCCUGCUGUGCAAACAUAAACCUGCCCGUCUUUUGUGUUAGUACACUUCUCAUGUUAACUUUUCAGCUUGGAGUCGUGUCUAUAUAUCAUUGCCCCUUUCACUGAGGGUGUGUUUUCAUUCCUUGGCUCAGAUACAUCAUGUACAGCAUACGUCAUCACAUUCCUCUAUAGUUUACAAGCGGGCCACAGACACUGAACACACCUGUUCCUUCUACUCCUUCUUAUCCAUCUCUUUCCACUUCCAUAGAGGAAAAAAAAAACAUCUUUUAGUUUGCCAUCUGCACCUGCCUGCUCUCUCUGUGGAGAGUGCAUAUACAUGUGGAGUGUGUGUAUGCAGUGGGUGGAAAGGGGAAGAAGGCGGAGUUGUGUUUUGUACUUUAAUGGGUUGUGGAGAAACCUGCCUGUCUGCUCGGAGCUGGGAGAGGAGGAGCCUGUGGGGUGUGGGACUCCAGACAAAGGAGACAUAUACUCACUGACACUGGAUCACUGGAGCGAAAGGAGAGACAAUCCUCAAAACUUGGACUAAUUUUUUUUUUUGUUGUGUUUUGGAAAUCUUUUGUAUUAUGUGUUUUGUCAGCUGUAUGGAUUCAUUUGUGAGCUGAGAGAUGUUUGUGCCGGAGCUCCCAUAUGCUGUCCGCAGUGUGUAGAAGAAGUGUGUGGGUUAGUAUGUUUGGGAUGGAAAAGUGGGGCUGGCACAACCAACAGCUCUGCUCUUAGCUUUACGCCAUGGGGGGUUGCCAUAGUUACCCCUCAGCGAAGAAGGCGGACACCAAGGCUUUUCGACUUUCUGACAUCAACAGUGAAAAACUGGGAAUUAAUAACAAUUAUCUGGAGGAGCGUCCGUAUCUGCAGCAGCAGUACAUGUGCCAGCUGGUCACACACACAGAUGUGUUUGCCCUCACGGCGCUGCCGCCUGGCGUCGACAGGGAAGAGUGGCUUGCCAGCAACACGGUGGCGUUUUUCAAGCAUAUAAACCUGUUCUCUAGUGCGCUGUCUGAGUUCUGCACUCCCAGUACAUGCCCAACUGCCUGUGGACCAGACAACACGGUUUAUGUUUGGACCGAUGACCACGGCAGGAAGCUGAAGUGCUCUGCCCCGCUUUACUUUGACUAUGCCAUGUCAUACAUUCAGGAGCUACUGACUGACGAAGAUGUUUUCCCCACGAAAGCAGGUUCAGAGUUUCCAACAGGCUUCGUCUUUCUGGUCCAGAAGGUGUUUUUGCUGUUUUUCAGGACUCUAGCUCACAUUUACUGGUGUCACUACAGAGAGACACUGGCGCUGGGCCUGCACCCACACCUCAACACACUCUUCACACACCUCACACUCUUCUGCCAGCAGCAUGCCCUGUUGGAGCCGGAGGACACUGAGCCGCUGCACGACCUCAUUGCAGCUCUGGGACAGCAAGACUGACCCUAAACACACAUUGCACUAUCACACACACACUUAUAUACGUGAUAUAUCUUGUUGUAAAGCUAUAUAGUGUCUCUCACCACUCUGGACUUCACAAUAUGGAUUUUUUUAAAGGUAUGGAAGUUGUUAAAUAGAAAAUAAAAUACUGUUAAUGAACAGUAUUUGGGAGAAUGAAUGAGCCUGCUCUGCUUUAAAAAGCAGAACAUCAGACCGGAUCUUGCUCCUGCUGUAUAUAGUUGUCAUCAGUUAUUAUGAUAAUGUGUGAAACUUUAUUAUUGCAUGUUAGUGUCUUUAAUAUAAUGGUGCAUUAUUAUAUUUUGUUAAAGUCAAGAUCUUCAACGUCAUUCAUGUCUUCCUCACAGGCUUAAUACAGUAAUAUAAACAAUGAAUCGUCCAGUUCUCAGUCAAUAUAUAUACAUAUAUAUAUAUUGACUGAGAAUAUAUAUAUAAUAUAUAUAUAUAUAUAUAUAUAUAUAUAUAUUUAUAUAUAUAUAAACAAAAUGUGCCCUCAUUACAUUUUUAACAUUUGCAAAAACGGGUGAUUUAUUGGUACAAAUGUGAUUACAUUGUUGUGACGGACAAAGCCUAUCUCUGCAUUAUAUAAAAAUCUGUACUCUGUAAUAAAAAAGUAUGACCAUUUUCUGUAUAUAGUAGAUUAAAAAAGGUUAUCAAUUAUCUAGAAGAUAACAAAAAUAACAAAAAUUAAGGGAUUGUUGAAAUACUGGAGAAAAUCUUAUCUUAUUUAAUUAAUUUUCUCUACACUUAGUUUAGUAUCCUGCAACUAUCUCAUGUGUUUUUAUCUUGAUCCUGUAGUAACUGCUGGCACUGUAAUAUCAACAUGUCUCCAGCACAGGAACACAGCAUUUUUUAACCUUCACUGUCAGAUACAGUACACUGCAGUCCAUCCGUCCAUCCAUUAUCUGUAACAACUUCUCCCAUUCAGGGUCGCAGGGGGGGGCUGGAGCCGAUCCCAGCUGACAUUGGGUAAAGGCGGGGUACACCCUGGACAGGUCGCCAGACUAUCACAGGGCUGACACAUAGAGACAGACAACGAUUCACACUCACAUUCACACCUACGGGCAAUUUAGAGUCAACAAUUAACCUAAUAUGCAUGUCUUUUGACUGUGGAGAAAACCCACGCUAACACGAGGAGAACAUGCAAACUCCACACAGAAGGGCCCCAAACCGGGUUCAAACGUGCAACCUCUCUUGCUGUGAGGUGACAGUGCUAACCACUGCACCACCAAGCAGCCCUACACUGCAGUCUGUAGGCUAAAUUUCUGUUUUGUUGGCUGCAGCAAAUUGGAUUUGAAAUAAAACAACGACCAUGAGGGUAAAGUGCUGAGUUCCAGCUUUCAUGAGGUACACCAGAUUGGGUUAAACGGUGUGGUAACUGUAUUUAAAGUCCUACACUAUUCACCUAUUACAGAUUAAAACACCCUCCAGGACCCUGGAGGAAGUUCAUGGC